GACUAAUGUUCGAGGUGUAUAGGGUCCGGUACGUCAACAGUCUAAGGGGAUCUGUAUAACAACCGAAAGCAUCCGAAGGGAGUUCUCCCAAUGUAUCAACUAUACAUCCGAAACGAUUUCGACUGGUCUUAUAAAUAUAAAUAUUUUUAAAAUAAAUAUACAGCAUUUAUGACGAGAAGCACGUGGAGUAAUGUCACUUCUUCUGAAUUUGCACUUGGAUUAAACUUGAAUAAACGAAAAUUAAGUAAAUAAAAACUCAGUUAACCAAAAUCUGAUCAAAAUGCCAAAAAAAUUUGUGGGUGAAAACAGUAAAGCGGUUGUAGCUAGAGCAAGGAAAGCCGCUGUCAAAGAAGCUGAAAAUUUAAAAAAAGUUCAAGAAGCUGAAGACAAAGCUUGGGAAGAUGAUGAUAAGCAACUGUUGAAAAAAAAACAGAAACAGGAAGAGAUGGAAAAGAAGCGACUGCAACAACUUGAAAAAAAAGCUGAGGCCAAAGCUCUUCUAGAAAAAGAGUUAGCUGCUAUAAAAAUUGGAGGCAAACAACUUAAUUCAAAAAUAACUAGAGCAGAAAUCAUGUCAGAAACCGAAAAGCGAAAUCAAGUUGCGCUAAAGAAAAAGGAAGUAGAAAAACCAAUUGAAGAAAACCUUAAUAGGAUCGUUUUAGAAGGAGAAUCAGCUCAUGGAAUAGACGAAGCUCUUUCAUUAUUAAGUAUGAAAGAUCCAGAAAUCGAUCGUCAUCCAGAAAGACGAAUGAAAGCGGCUUAUGCUAGUUUUGAAGAACAGAUGAUGCCAAUAAUUAAAGAACAAAAUCCGACGUUAAGACUUAGUCAACUAAAACAAAUAUUGAAAAAAGAAUGGAUGAAAUCACCAGAAAAUCCACUUAAUCAAAGGUCGAAUACAAAUCCGGACCAAAAAUUUGUUCAAAUGAAAAAAGCAAAUAGUGUAGAAUUACUUUCAUCGUCUAGAUGCGAUCGUCGGUGGAGUUUUCGUCAAGAGAGUUUUCACGGAAAUUCAGAGAGAAAAGAACAGAACAACUAUACGCUAAGAUCAAAAAACAUAUCGGCAAUAGAAUCUGUACUAAAUCUAUUUAAGCCUAAUGAAGAAAAAUUCAAAAGUAAAAGCAAAUAUCAUUGUAAAACAACAAAAGAAAAUAAUUUAGACAACGAUUUAUUCCAUCGCACAAAUAGAACAUUUAGUGAUGGUUUUCUUGAAAAUAUUAUUAAGUUUCGGAACAAUACUAUACGAUCUAAAUCAUCGCUUUCUAAAGAAAGUAAUUUUAAGAACCUGUUUCGUCAUUCGGAAGACCAACAUCAUACUUCACAACUUGUUUCAAAAAAUCAAGAUGUUCAGAAAUCAAAGAAAGGAACCGCUCCUGCCAAUCUUGAAUUGGUCAAAAUGGAAACUGAUUCUAACUCAGAAUCAAUCCACCAAAAAGAUAUUAGUUCAGAUUAUAAUACAAAAGACACGUCAAGCAGAAUUCAAAGAUCAGAAAUGCUUGUUAGAUCUGAAUUGGAAGAAAUGUUGCAUGACUUACAACUUGGUGGGAAUGUUUGUAUUAACGACUUUACUGGCAUUCAAAAUAGUUCAAAUUAUGCUACGAGUAAACAAUAUGUGCAUAAAAAUACAUCUGGAAGUCUUGAAAAUUCGGUUAAUAAUCCAGAUUCAACUAUUCAUACUUCUGCGAUGUCUGAUGAUGAUACUGAUAGUUGUGAUGACGAAAAAUUUGAAGCUUUCAUAAAUAGUCGAAUCACGGUACGCGUUAACGAGGAAAUACAAUCAAUUAAUCAUGAUGCACUCCCAGUACUUGAUAAAAUUUCUACAAGAAAAUCAUUAGUGCCUGAACAAAUAAAUAAUAAACUUUUUCAAAAAAAUCCAUAUUUUGAGUUGUCUGAAGCAUCGAAAAAUCAAGUAUUAUUAGUUAAUGACUGUGUACCUUUUAAACAGUGCGUAGAAUUACAAACCUUAACUCAGAAAAUUAAAAAAUCAAUAAGACCGAGAAAAAAGAAGUUGCCUAACAGUAGCAUAUCACAUCUUUUGGAUAACGCUGUAUCGCCCAGUACGGACAGCCCACCUAUACUAAAAUUAAAACAUAAUACAUUCAGUGAUUUUUCUUCUUACAAUAGACCCAAAAGAUCUCAUUCAAAAACUGAAUGUGACUUACAUAAUUCAAUAAAUAAAAAAGCAAAAACAAGCGUGUAUACAAUUCCAACUCAUAAAAAUUUAAGUUUUACUCCUAUGAACUCAGUAGAUAACAUAGUGAAAUUGAAUGAAGACAAUCGCAAAAUUACUGGCAUGAAAAAGUUCCAAGUAACAAAAAAAAAUACCUCAAAUUUAUGCCCGUUAUCUAAUCCAGUUGGUAGUUUACCCUCACAGAUAUUAAGAAUUAUUCUUGAAAAAGGAGCAAUGAAGAAAUUAGGCUUUACUAUUGUUGGUGGAUCAGAUAGUAUUAAAGGAAAUAUGGGCAUUUUUGUCAAAGAUAUAACCCAGAAUGGACAAGCUGCAAAAGAAGGAACGUUGAAAAUUGGUGAUGAAAUUUUAGCAGUUAAUGGUAAACUCAUACAAGGUUUAACACACGCAGAAGCGUUGCAGGAAUUUAGAUCUGCGAAACCAGGAAAAAUAAUUUUGUACAUUAGCCACAAGGAUUAAGCAAAUAAAACUUUAUUCUUAUAACGGUUGAUAAGCUUAUACGAAAUAAAUUAGUUUCAUAACCGAUUUUUUCUAUAGAUAGCUGAUACUUACGUCUUACAUAUUGAAUACAUUAUAUUUUUC